AGCUCCCCGCCCGCGGAGGAAGAUGCAGACCUUUCUGAAGGGGAAGAGAGUUGGCUACUGGCUGAGCGAGAAGAAGAUCAAGAAGCUCAAUUUCCAGGCCUUCGCCGAGCUGUGCAGGAAGCGAGGGAUAGAAGUGGUGCAGCUGAACCUCAGCCGGCCGAUCGAGGAGCAGGGCCCCCUGGACGUCAUCAUCCACAAGCUGACCGAUGUCAUCCUGGAAGCCGACCAGAACGACAGCCAGUCCCUGGAGCUGGUGCACAGGUUCCAGGAAUACAUCGACGCCCACCCUGAGACCAUUGUCCUGGACCCCCUUCCUGCCAUCAGGACGCUGCUGGACCGCUCCAAGUCCUACGAGCUCAUCCGGAAGAUUGAGGCCUACAUGAAAGACGACAGGAUCUGCUCGCCGCCCUUCAUGGAGCUCACGAGCCUGUGCGGGGACGACACCAUGCAGCUCCUGGAGAAGAAAGGCCUGACCUUCCCAUUCAUUUGCAAAACCAGAGUGGCUCACGGCACCAACUCCCACGAGAUGGCCAUCGUGUUCAACCAGGAGGGCCUGAGCGCCAUCCAGCCACCCUGCGUGGUCCAGAACUUCAUCAACCACAACGCCGUCCUGUACAAGGUGUUCGUGGUCGGCGAGUCCUACACGGUGGUCCAGAGGCCCUCGCUCAAGAACUUCUCCGCGGGCAUGUCAGACCGCAAGUCCAUCUUCUUCAACAGCCACAACGUGUCCAAGCCGGAGUCGUCAUCGGUCCUGACGGAGCUGGACAAGAUCGAGGGCGUGUUCGAGCGGCCUAGUGACGAGGUCAUCCGGCAGCUCUCCCGGGCCCUGCGGCAGGCACUGGGCGUGUCUCUCUUCGGGAUCGACAUCAUCAUCAACAACCAGACAGGGCAGCACGCUGUCAUCGACAUCAAUGCCUUCCCAGGCUACGAGGGCGUGAGCGAGUUCUUCACAGACCUCCUGAACCACAUCGCCACCAUCCUGCAGGGCCAGAGCGCAGCCGCCGCAGCCGCAGGGGACACGGCCCCGCACCAGAGACUGGGCUGCACCGCCGCCGUGUCGCCCAGCUUCCAGCAGCACUGCGUGGCCUCCCUGGCCACCAAGGCCUCCUCCCAGUAGCCACGGAGCCCGGACCCAGAGGGCAGCGUGGGCCACGGAGCACGGCCACUGGACCAGCAGCCCCCAGUGGUGACAUCCUCCUUAGAAUUCCCAACGGUCUGACUUUUCCCCCAAUUUUUAACCUUAUUUUCUGUCAUUAUCUAAGUGAGGGGCUGGGGGGUGGAAAGAGCCCAGCGGUCCAGCUCCCGGAAGAGGGCCCCUGCCUAACUCCUGCCGUGCAGAUCUUCACCCAGUUCACACACGCGUGUGCUUCAACACUAGGUCUGAGUGGAGGGGUGUGUGCACGUGUGCGAUUGCUGUGCGUGUGCGAGUGUGUGUACACUUCCGCGUCUUGGUCUGAUGGCUGCUGCGGACCAGGCUUAGGCUGCGGGCGCUGAACGGAGCAAGUGGACGGUUCCCCUUCACUCCUCUCCAAGCCCCACCCCCAGGCCGGCCUCCUCUCAGCUUUGAGAGGAGUGGGGCCCAAAACCCCAUAACGUAUGCAGCUGCCCUUCCCAGAAGCAUGAGCCACGGGGGCAAGAGGCCGCAGCUGCCGCUUGUGGGGGGUUCCGUGCUGGGUCUGGGCUGUGGCCGCUUCCUUCUCCCAGAGGGAAGGGGAAGGAAGCUUCCCUGGGGAGGCCAGGCCCUGGAUUCGCUGCCUCCCUCACGUCCAGUUCCCUGGAGCCCCUCCGCCCCUCACCACUGCCCCACGCAGCCCGCCAGGGGCUUCUUCCUUGACCAAGCGCUGCUCGUCGGGACCCUGGAGCAGGCUGCCUGGUUGGGUCCCCCAGGCUGACCCCGCCCGUGCCAAGGAUUUGUGCCAUGACUUUGGGCAAGUCAUUCUGAGAGUCGCCGGCCUCCGUGGAGACCAGAACUCUGAAGGGCGGGCUUGACGCCCCAGGCCCUGCGAUGCACCUGCUUUCCCGAGAAGUGGACCUGGACGGACUCCCCCUUGGUGUCGAGGCGAUGUGGGGUCCCCUUCCCAGGCAGGAGGAGCCGCCCGCCCCACCCUUACCCCGCAGACCUUGUCCCCCUCCUGUACUCACUGCAGCCCCAACCACUGAGCCAGCCAGCAGGGACCGGGGAGGGAGAGAGAGCAGCAGCCCAGAGGUGAGAAAACAAUUCCCUCCCAACUAGCCACCCAGCCCUGGUGGCAGCACAGGCCGCCAGCUGGUUGUCGAAUCCCAAGGUCCACGACUGGCAGCCCCUCCUCAGAGGAGGGUUGUGUCUGUCCCAGGACAGUGAGCUCUGGGAGAGAUGCCAGGACCUGCCGAGCAUGACCUUGGUCUUAGGUACCAAUUGGGUUUGAGAAAGAGGAAAAGGCCUGGCUGUCCCACGAGGCCGGGAGGAUGGCCGGAGGCCGCUGAACUGGGCACCGGCUCAGCGGGGAGCAGGGGCUGCCCACCUCGGCCUGGGGUGGGGUGGCUGCCUUCAGAGCUGCCCGCUGUCCUGGACACGGGCCUGCUGACUAACCGUGUUUACACGACUGAGUGUGGAACCCCAAUUACAAUGUCCGCGUCACUUCCUGGCUGCCUGAGCCCUGGGAAGCGGGAUGCGUGGCCGCCUCUUGCACUGCUUUGUCUCCAGAAUAAACUACUGAAAUCAAACUGCACUGUGCAUGUGUGUACACAAUGUUGCCAGAAGUUUGUCAUCCCCCGAGUCUUAAUAAAAUGGCUUUUCCUUUUUGAA